GGAGGAGGAGGGCCUCUGACCUCACAUCUCUGGCAGCUGUCUGCUCGUGAUCAGUCCAUCAGUCGUCCAUCGAUGCACCGGAGAGAACACAGAAGUUUGUCUUCAGCUGCAGGAUCUGACUGACCUGCUGAUCGCUCCGUCAGGAUGAGCGGGGAUCAGCCUCCUCCGUACCAUCCUCACUUCCCUGAAGGACCCUCGGCCCCCACCUUCCCCUCAGUUCUCGCCUCUCAGCCCGGCCUCUUCCCUGGCUCUCCGUAUCAGACCUUCCCUCAGUCCUGUUACCACCAACAUCCAGGUUAUGGGGCCCCGAUGCCCCCCCAGGGGAGCUUUGGGACUCAGCCUGCCUACCAGGGUGGCCUUGAUGGGUCUGCAGGGGCCUCAUAUCCACCAAAACACACAGUUUACGUCGUGGAUCAGCAUCAGGAUCGGGACGGCGGCAGGAAGUCGUGUCUGGCGGCGUGUUCGACUCUGCUGUGCUGCUGCUGCCUCUGGGACCUGCUGACCCGCCACCUCUGCUGACCUCUGACCUCCCAUCAUGCAGCGUGGCCGACAGCUACACAACGCACUGAAACAAAAGCACAAAUAAAACACAGGGCUGAUCGUUACCGUGGAAAUACUCUGUUUCUGACCUGUUUGUUUCACAUGACGCCGAUCCAUCAUCAUCAUCAUCAUCAUCCAUCAUCAUCCUCAUCAUCAUCAUUAUCAUCAUCAUCAUCCUCAUCAUCAUCAUUAUCAUCAUCAUCAUCUCCU